UCGUAGUGUCUACUGUUUUCCCUUUGCUGCACUUAUGGCUCGUACCAAGCAGACGGCCCGCAAGUCCACCGGCGGCAAGGCCCCGCGCAAGCAGCUGGCCACCAAGGCCGCCCGCAAGAGCGCCCCGGCCACCGGCGGCGUGAAGAAGCCGCACCGCUACCGGCCCGGCACCGUGGCGCUGCGCGAGAUCCGGCGCUACCAGAAGUCGACCGAGCUGCUGAUCCGCAAGCUGCCGUUCCAGCGCCUGGUGCGCGAGAUCGCGCAGGACUUCAAGACCGACCUGCGCUUCCAGAGCUCGGCCGUGAUGGCGCUGCAGGAGGCCAGCGAGGCCUACCUGGUGGGUCUGUUCGAGGACACCAACCUCCAGAUAGUGUUAGCCAUGUCUGGUCGCGGCAAAGGCGGGAAGGGCCUGGGCAAGGGCGGCGCCAAGCGCCACCGCAAAGUCCUGCGCGACAACAUCCAGGGCAUCACCAAGCCCGCCAUCCGCCGCCUGGCCCGGCGCGGCGGCGUCAAGCGCAUCUCCGGCCUCAUCUACGAGGAGACCCGCGGGGUGCUGAAGGUCUUCCUGGAGAACGUGAUCCGCGACGCCGUCACCUACACGGAGCACGCCAAGCGCAAGACCGUCACGGCCAUGGACGUGGUCUACGCGCUCAAGCGCCAGGGACGCACGCUCUACGGCUUCGGCGGCUAAGCAUGGCUGCGUUUUCCUCCAGUGUCGUAAAAGGCCCUUUUCA